AUGAAUGAUGAUGGCGAGAGAUCAUGCAUGGGAUCUAAUCUGAUGCGUCUACUUCUCUCAAUCUUUCUCGUUGCACAUGCACAACAAGAGGACUUCACUUGGAAUCGUUGGGAGCAGCGCACUGUUGACUGCAUUUCAAGUGGAACUAAGGACGAUUGCAUUCUCCUAGCUCCAAAGGCAGUGUUGCCAAAAGAUCCCAAGCAGUACAGAUGCCGCCGUGAACCCAUGCCUCAAACUGAUUGGAAUGAACGUGCGCGAAAUUCGACGACGCGCAUCGCAUGCCCUAUCGGUUGCGCACCAAAUUUUGAUCUGUCCGUCAUAACGAAGGUUCCAUUCAAUAAUGAUAAAUGUCAGAAGUACUACACAUACGGAAAAUACCGAGAUGAGAAAGAAAACGAGUGGUACUUGUGGAUGACUGAGCCAUGUGUGGCCGCGUUGACCACCCACUGUAGAUUCAAGGAUGUGCCGUUGAACGCUAAAAGUAGCUCGCGGAAAUUGCUACAGAAAGCAUUGUUCAAUCGCGCUUAA